CACUAAUAUCUAUAGCAUCUCCCACGACGCUGUGAAUGAGUAUGUUAACAUUAUUAUACUCACAAAGGAAGGUUUAAUAUGUAAGCCGAGAAGAGAAGAGAAAAUAAGGCGUAGGAAGGUCUGUCUCUCGUGCUGUCAUGUCGUCCUUCAAGCUUAAGUCUGGUGAUUCAAGCUUUAAUAGUCGUGUGGACGCUUUGUUCAGCUCCUUACAAACUGUUGCAGUAGACCUCGAGCCUCAGCUGAAACGUUCCUUUGACGAGAUCUCAGAUGAUAAGGAGGAUGAUAGUGCAGGUAAUGACGGUGAUAGAGGUGAGUUCCGUAGACCACAAGGCACAGGGUUGACAUGGCGUGGGCGUGGGCGAGGGCGUGGGUUACAUGGCCCCAGGAAUGACACCCCAGACUACGUAAAAAAUCCCCAAAAGUGGACCAAAUACAGCAUGAAGGAUACCAAGGUGCUGAUUAACCGGGAGAAUCAACAGGUAGGGCUAAAGUUGUUUGAUGAACUACGGACGAGAAGGGCACAAGAGGAUGAUGACGUGGUGGAAGAGGGCGCGAGUGAUGAUGGGUGUUCGAAAAUAGUGUUCAAAAAACCCACAAAAUCCUCAGAUGAUGAUGAUGACGAUAAAGACGACGAAGACGACGCCGUGGAAGAGAAUCCCGCUGCUGAGAUUUUUGGAGGGGCCAAGAAAAUAAGACUGCGGGAAUAUGAAGUUGGAAAACCAAACCGUAAGAAAAACAUGAAGAAGACGACUACAACCUGUGCUGGAGGAGACAAGACUGAGAAAGAAGCCUCAGGUAAGGAGGUCAAACUGGGUCAUCUUAUGUAUGAAGAAGAAGACGAAUAGGGGUGUUAAAUGAUCGUUUCAUCUUGGUUUCUGUCAUAAAAUGUCGUAUUAAAAGUGUAAUGCUUGUCCCUGUUGGCUCGUCAGUUUACGGUCGCGAGGGCGAGUCACAGAAGCUGUCGAGUGAGGUCUUGGGUUGAACACGGGGCCCUUAGGAGAGUGAACAGUCAUGCUAACCGGUCACUACCAAGACAGUAAUAUUUGAAGGAGUGGUUGUUUAGCAUUCAACAGUUUAAUACCUAUAACCGAGUACAGGUAUACAGUACAGUAGUUGAUUUGCAGUUGUUUGUAUAAAAUAUGGCAUAAUGAAUAUUGUUAGAUUGGAGUAGAUAUAUUAUGUAAUCAGUAAUAAUAGUUACUGCAAGAUAAUUAAUGAGCAAUUACAAUGAACAGGAUGAAAAACUUUUUUUUUAAUUUGACCACACUAAUGAAACAUAAAUCACAAGUUAGUUUCAGAUUAAUCAGUUUAAGUUUAGUUGAAGUUUUUCUUAAAAAAUAUACGGCUCUAUACAUACUGUGUUGUAAUGAGGUGUGCUGCUCCUUUUAGCAGUGGGCCAUCUUGUGGCUAGCAUGAUAUGUAUCUGUAUAAUUUAGCUAUUUGUUUGUAUUUUAAAUUUACAGCAAAUUGCAGUACAGGUAUAAAACUAUAAGCUAUCUUGUUUUUUUUUUUUUUAGGUAAAUUUAAUAUACUUUUUAUUAUGGGAGAAUAAAACACUUUUCAAAGUAAGAAUUCCCAGGAAAUGGUCUCAAAGAACGACUUAGCCAUUUGACUAAAUUUUCAUGUGUGCAAUUCAGUCUACAUCAAAGACAAUUCUGACUAAACCAACUGUAGUUUGUUUUCUGCAUUUCCCUGGAGAGGUGUGUGAAGGAAAUGGUGUUCAAAGUCAGUGCACAAACUUGAUAACAGUUAUUUUUGUGAUUUGUUAAUACUGGCGGUGGACUUAUAAAUUGAAAUAUCUGUUCAUAUUGUAUACAGUUAUGAAAAUUCAGCAUCUUUCUGUAUUUUUUUUUUUUUAUAUAUACAAGGUAAAUAUUUGAAGCACCUUUUACAUGGUUUAAUUAACUGGAAUUAUUUUGUCAAUCUUUUUUGCUUUACGUCUUAUUCCAUUUCUCCAGCAAGACAACUAACGAUUAAAAUGUCUUCUUUUUCCCUCACUCAUGCUUUCUCCCUUUCCUUUAAUGUCCGAUAUAAUGUACUGUGCAAGUUUGUAUGCAUAUAAGAGUACUGUAUGUAUACUGUAUGCAGACUUACCAAUAGUCACAGUUUUUCAAUAGUAUUUCUGUCUAGUUGUACUGUAUAUUUUGUACAGUAUACUGAAUAUCAACAAAUGUUUGGUUUCUUUGAUCUUCUUUAAAUUUAUUAUUUUGAUAUCUACAGGAAUUUACAGUUGUUUGGGUAAGAUUAGCUAAGAGGAAAGUUAAACAUAUAUAAUCAUUUUUAUCUUAAUUUGUGCAAAGAUAUCUUGUAUCAGUUAUGGUCACAUGUGCCUGGCCUUGUUAGUGAGCCAUUUUUUUCAAGUGGCUGUUUUGUUAUGCAACUGAAUUCAUGAAUGUAUAAUAAAAAUAUUUAAUGAA